AUGGGAACGUCCCUGAAUGACUCUCUGGAUGAAGACAUUCGGCUGUUUCUAAUAGACGAAAAACAGCUUCACACUUAUGAUGAUUUGACCAAAGUAAAUCCAGUGACACCUUCGACAGUGCUGACAUGCUUGCAGGCCAGGUACGAUGCAAAGGUGUUCUACACUCAUGCAGGCUGUACCUUGGUGGCUUUGAACCCUUUUCAACCCAUUCCCUACCUCUACUCUUUGGAUGUGAUGAAAGAGUAUCACUGCACUUCUCAGCCGCAGGAAUCCAAACCACACAUCUUCAUUGUGGCUGAAGAAGCCUACAGGAAUGUGAAGGGUCAGCUGGAGCCGGUGAACCAGUCUCUGGUGGUUAGUGGUGAAAGUGGUGCUGGAAAGACAUGGACCUCUCGAUGUCUUAUGAAAUAUUAUGCCACUGUGGCUGCGUCGUCAUCAGUUGUGAAAAAACAAAACACUGUUGAAAGGAUUGAGAGAAGAGUGUUAGAUUCUAACCCACUUAUGGAAGCAUUUGGAAAUGCCUGUACACUACGAAACAACAACAGCAGUCGCUUUGGAAAGUACAUCCAGCUUCAACUUGACAGUCGUCAGCUGUUAGUUGGAGCAUCUGUACAAACAUAUCUGCUAGAAAAGACAAGAGUUGUCUUCCAACCUACUGGUGAAAGAAACUUUCAUAUUUUUUACCAGAUGAUGAGUGGAGCAACCACUGAACAAAGGAAAGAAUGGAAAAUGCCCAAUGGACAAUGUUUUGCCUGGCUUCCGAAUUCAAAUACACAUUUAGAGGAGGAUUGUUUUGAAGAGACUGUUGGGGCUAUGGGACAUCUGGGUAUUAACACUGAACGACAAAGGGAAAUGUUUAGGAUAUUGGCUGGGAUUUUGCACCUUGGAAACAUAGAGUUUUGCUCUUCUUCAGAUGAUUCACAACCUUGUGACCUCGAGGAAAAGUCUAAGGAAUAUCUACAAAAUGCAGCUGAGUUUUUAGGAGUCGUUGCUCUCGAGCUCGAGUCCUGUUUCAGAGUGAGGACACUGAAGGCUGGGAAGCAGAGUGUAUUAAAGCCUUGCUCCCUAUCCGACUGUCUUGUCAGAAGAGACUGCCUGGCAAAAGUCAUCUAUGCUGGGUUAUUUGAAUGGCUGGUUACAUAUAUCAAUAACAGCAUGUGUGCAGAGAGCUCUACCUGGUCCAACUUUAUAGGAGUGCUUGAUGUGUAUGGCUUUGAAUGUUUCCAAUUGAACAACCUUGAACAACUUUGCAUCAAUUAUGCCAAUGAGAAAUUACAACAGCACUUUGUCAGCCAUUACCUUAAAGCUCAACAGGAGGAAUAUAUAUCAGAGGGCUUGGAAUGGUCUUUUGUUAAAUACCAGGACAAUCGCGGCUGUCUUGACCUCAUAGAAGGCUCUCCAAUGAGUGUGUUUUCUCUGCUAAAUGAGGAGAGUCGCCUUAAUCGUACAUCAGACGCCCGAUUGUUUCGCGUUCGCUUGGAGAAUGAGCUAUCUAAGAAUAGAAGCAUCAGCUGGGAUCGGUUCAGCCAGGAGCCUCACUUCACUGUGGCCCACUAUGCUGGUAAGGUAAACUACCAGAUUGAAGGCAUGGCGGAGAAAAACAAGGAUCCAGUGCCAUCAGAGCUCAUCAACAUGCUUCACAAAUCCAAGAACAGUUUGCUGCAUCAGGUUUUUUCUGAAGAUGAAGAACAACCAACCAAAGGACUGAGUAAAGUGACUGUUGUCUCCAAGUUUAAGAACUCCCUUGAAAACCUCAUGAAAAUCUUGCACAGCACUACUCCUCACUACACUCGCUGCAUUAAACCAAAUCAGGACUGCAAGCCUUUAACAUUCAAGAGAGAAGAAGUAAUUCUGCAGCUGGAGGCAUGUGGCAUCGUAGAGACUAUUCAUAUCAGUGCUGCUGGCUUUCCAGUGAGAAUACCUUUUGAAAGUUUUAUUCAGCGGUACAGAAUGAUAAAACCAACCCUAACCAUUGAUUCUGGGAACAACAAUAUAUUGGACUUUGUGGAGACUAUAAUUACUGAUGUUUUGAAGCAAGAGGAUGUAUUGCAUCAAAUUAGAGGUGACAAACAGAAUUCUCUGGUGCAUUGUGGAAAGAGUAAAGUAUUCCUCACACAAUCAAUGCUUGAUUUACUGGAGGAUCGACGGAAGAAGAUUCUGUCUCAGUGUGCCUUCACCAUUCAGUGCUGUUGGCUACGAUAUCAGCAACGCAAACGUAUCAUCAGGCGACAAUCUGCCACUGUGAUCCAAGCAGUUGUGCGGUCCUGGCUGGUGAGGAAGCAAGUGCAUCAGUGGAACAGAGCUGCUGCAAUUAUCCAAAAGUCAUGGCGGACGUGGAGGGACCUACUGGCGUCUCUAGCUGACAGAGAGCUGGAUGAUGCAGCAGAUGUCACACCUAAUGAACUGCCAGAGCUGAACCUUGUCAUUAGUAAACAAGGUUCAGUCCACGUCUCGAGUGUCCCUGAGCCGGUUACGGAGUGGGAAGUACAGGGUGGAGACCAACCAGUGCAGACAAACUGGCCUCCAUCCGAGCUCAACCAAAGGGAUCUAUAA